UUCCCUCCGCGCGGUGUAUCUAGAAAGUUCUCGGCCCUUUCUCCCCUAGAUAGAAACAACUGUCAGAAUCUGUGACGGACAGAGAAGAGAAUGAAAGCGAGCAAGCAAAACUGCUGCAGCGUGGAUUUCUGGACUCAUUAGUUGGCUAAAAAACUCCUCGACACAUUCAGCAUAAUUUGGCACCAAAAUUGCUAAAUAUAGUUGUCUAGCUAACAAGCGGAUUGCAGUAUUGUAUUUGUGUCUGUAUUUAUAGUUAGCCUGGCUGCAGUCAGAUCCCAGGCAUUAAUCUAGCUACUACUGUGGCUCUUGCGACGUCUUUACUUGCAGUUGUACAGUACCGUUUGUUUUAGUAGGAAAGAGAAGUUUGCAGAUAUAGAUAAGUGUUUCAGGAGAACCAGGGCGAUGACUGCUGAAGAAGUGACUAGUAACGAAGCUCAGAACACAAACAUCCCGAUGGAGGGAGAAGAUAUCACGCCGAAGAAAGAUGGAGGGGUUUUAAAGUUGGUGAAGCAGGAGGGCACUGGCGAUGAGCUGCCCAUGACAGGUGACAAGGUGUUUGUUCACUAUGAUGGGACACUACUGGAUGGAACACCUUUUGACUCCAGCCGCGAACGAGGAGAGAAGUUCUCUUUUGAGCUGGGCAAAGGUCAGGUCAUCAAGGCAUGGGACCUGGGAGUGGCAACAAUGAAAAUAGGAGAGAUCUGCCAACUGAUCUGUAAGCCAGAAUACGCUUAUGGAACUGCUGGCAGCCCCCCGAAGAUACCCCCAAACGCCACCCUUGUCUUCCAGGUGGAGCUGUUUGAUUUUCGAGGGGAGGACAUCACUGACGAAGAGGAUGGUGGAAUCAUACGUCGUAUCAUCACUAAGGGAGAAGGAUACACAAAGCCUAAUGAAGGAGCUGCUGUAGAAGUGUGCUUGGAGGGCAGCUUUGAGGGCAAGGUGUUUGAUAAGCGGGAGCUAAAGUUUGAGGUGGGAGAUGGAGAAAGCUUUGGUCUCCCCAGGGGAGUGGAGAAAGGCCUUACCGCUAUGGAGCAGGGGGAAGAGUCUCUCUUCACCAUAAAACCCAAGUAUGGCUAUGGAAACACAGGCAACAGCAAGUACAAUAUUCCUGGUGGAGCGACUCUGCAGUACAAGAUUAAACUGACUAACUUUGAAAAGGCAAAGGAAUCCUGGGAGAUGAAUGCCACAGAAAAACUGGAGCAGAGUGUCAUUGUCAAAGAAAAGGGAACACAGUACUUCAAGGAGGGGAAGUAUCGCCAGGCAUCAGUGCAGUAUAAAAGGAUUGUGUCAUGGCUGGAGAACGAAUCAAGUUUGCCUGAGGGGGAGGAGCAGAAAGCUCGGGCCCUGCGGUUGGCUGCUCACCUCAACCUGGCCAUGUGCUUCCUCAAGCUUCAGGAACCAAGCUCUGCCUUGGACAACUGUGAUAAGGCCCUGGAGCUGGACGAAGCCAACGAGAAGGCUCUUUUCCGGAGGGGGGAGGCGCUGUUUGCUAUGAAGGAGUUUGAGAGAGCAAGAGCAGAUUUCCAGCAAGUCAUACAACUGUAUCCUAGCAACAAGGCUGCCAAGAGCCAGGUGGCUCUGUGCCAGAAGCAGAUCAAGGAGCAGCAUGAGAAGGACAAGAAGCUGUAUGCCAAUAUGUUCCAGAAGUUUGCAGAGAGAGAUGCCAAGAAGGAGGCUCACAAGGGGACGGAGAACGGAGGAGGGCUGGACAUGGAGGAGAGUGGAGGACAGGAGUAAUGGCUGUUGGAGACGGAUGUGGCAGACAUUCUGCCUGUCACGAAGACUUUUGAAACUUCAGACAGUUGUGUUUAAAAAGAGAGAAAGUUUUGUGUAUGAGACGUCUGUGUAUCAAUGGCCCGACUAUCUCCUGUGUGAGUGUGUUUUUGUGCUCUCGUCAUGGCAGCUAGCUGGCUGUGGUGGGCCUUCUGUAGCUGAGUGCACUUGGGAGGUGUGGCUUAAAGAGAGCCUUCUUUCCUCCCUCUGAAGCUAACAGGUUAGCUUUUAGCAGGCUGCCUCCACCACUCCCUCCACAGCCCCCCCCCCCCCCCCUUGUUCUUAUAGAGCUCUUUGAUUAUGAAGCCCCCCUCUGUUCUCCCAAUUGCAAAACCACCACUGCUUUCCACCCCUUCCAAGGCCAUCUGAUCAACUUGUGGGGACUGCUCUUUGUGUGGGUGUGUAUAUUUGUCCGCAGAUGGUAGCAGCUUUCAUGUUAACUAAAUGGUUGCCUUCUGCUUCUAAAACGUCCUGCCUGUUCUGACUAUGGGUUCAUAAUUUCUCUCAACUGUUCACAGGAUGAUUAUUUUACUUGACAACUGGAAGGUGUGUAUGUGGAAGGCAAGCGGCUGGUAAUAACCCAGCCGUCACUUCUGUUUUGAUGUCUGUGUCUCACAUUUUUAAGUUUAGACACAACCUUAUAGUAUAAAGCAAGUUCUUAAGUAACUUUAUUGUAUGUAUGACCAGCUGCUUCUUAAUAAACAUAUUUGAAACCACAAAACAACUUCGGUUUAAACUAAAUCAGUACAGAGUUCAGUCACAUGACAUCAUAUGAGGUUGCUAUUAUGGUUAAACCUAAGGAGAGGACAUUUCCAGAAGUGGGGUCUUAUAGAUAUUACCCAAGACUCUGCCUAACAGAUUCUGUCCAUUGGUGUGUAAACUUGUCUGGUAUUCUCACAGAUCAAUGUGGUGCAGAGAACGCAUUUACAAAGUUUAAUUUUCUUAUUUGUGGUGUUACAUAAUUGUAGUGUCUGGGAUGCUAUGUGGCGUUGAGGUCUAAUUGGAAAAGGUGUUCUAAGCCAGGUUGUGGCUUAAUGAUAGUGUCAGGGGGUCCAGCAGAGGGCAGCGCUAAUUUGACUGCUCUAAUGGAGCGCUAGUCGUUAUGGUACCUGCGAAAUCAGUCGUGGUUGGAAUGCGUUCAACUCCGUUGCGUUUGCUAGCAGAAACCUCCGUAAUCUUCGAUACUGGUCAAAGGUUUGGACACCUACUCAUUCAAGGGCAUUUUUUUUAUUUUUAGAUUUUCCAAAUUGUAUAAUAAUAUUAAAAACAUACAAACUAUGAAAUAACACAUGGAAUCAUGUAGCAACCGAAGUGUUCAACAGAUCAAAAUACAUUCCUUAAGAUUGAUUGUUCAAAGUAGCACCCUUUGCCUCCAUGACAACUUUGCACACUUGGCAUUCUCAACCAUGAGGUAGUCAGUUUAGUAUGUUAUUUCAUAGUUUUGGUGUUUUCCCUAUUAAACUCAAAUGUGGAAACUUGUUAAAAAAUAAUAAAUAAAUGAGUCUAAAGUU